GCCAGCUAGGCGCACCGUGGGCUGCCUCUCGAGUUUUUGGUCGGCCAACAUCAAAAUAGCUGUCGCGUGCGUCGGUUGCACAAGCGCCCGCAAUUCCCCUCCCCCUCCCUUCUCUUAAACCAAUCAGACGCUAGAAUCCUUGGCAAUUCGCCGCUCCUCCGAUCCGUUCGCCGCCGCCGGGAUCGACCAUGUCGUACGCCUACCUCUUCAAGUACAUCAUCAUCGGCGACACAGGCGUGGGCAAGUCAUGCCUGCUGCUGCAGUUCACCGACAAGAGGUUUCAGCCCGUGCACGACCUCACCAUCGGCGUCGAGUUCGGCGCCCGCAUGAUCACCAUCGACAACAAGCCCAUCAAGCUCCAGAUUUGGGACACGGCUGGCCAAGAAUCAUUCAGAUCUAUAACAAGAUCAUACUACAGAGGUGCUGCUGGUGCUCUUUUGGUUUAUGAUAUCACCAGGAGGGAAACUUUUAACCAUCUUGCGAGCUGGCUAGAAGAUGCAAGACAGCAUGCAAAUGCCAAUAUGACAGUGAUGUUAAUCGGAAACAAAUGUGAUCUGUCUCAUAGACGGGCUGUCAGCUACGAGGAGGGUGAACAGUUCGCCAAGGAGCAUGGUCUAGUCUUUAUGGAAGCAUCUGCAAAAACAGCACAAAAUGUUGAGGAGGCAUUCAUUAAGACGGCUGGAACAAUAUACAAGAAAAUCCAAGAUGGUGUUUUUGAUGUAUCUAAUGAGUCCUACGGAAUCAAAGUUGGCUAUGCUGUCCCCAAUGCAUCCGGAGGUGGUGCUGGCUCGUCCUCUCAAUCAGGUGGCUGCUGCAGUUAAGCAAGUUUACGACCAAGUCCUAUCAUGUGAGACUGAAAACAGCUGCCCAGGUUGUUGUCCUUCCUUCCGCCAUUGACGGUGUAAUCGGUGAGCAAAUGUUCAUCAAUGGUGCUUGUCUACACUGCGCAAUCUUUCUGUAAAGCAAACAUCUAUAGUUUCUGUCCAUUUGUGUCUGUAACUAAAUGGUGUGGAUAUUCAUUUGUUCGAUGUAAUAAUGCUUUGUAGACUACAGACAUGGCUGUGCAGCAAUUGCCCUUAUCCAUGUCACAAUAUUUGCCCUGAUACUUCCAUUGCGCAGUAUUUGUCCAUGCUA